CACCAAGCACCUGUAUUGUACGCGUAUGGAAACCAUUUGGUCUGAGCAGAGGAUAGUUUGCUUUGACGUUGGGGAUACACAGGUGUUGGGUGCGACUUUGUCUUCUGUUCCAUUUCCGGCGUUGCCAGGGGGACGAAAGUAAACAAAACUCUUUAAAAUGCCAAUGGCAUUCGUGUUGAGCAGAACGAUGUAAACACCGAUUAAUAAGUGCAUCAAAAACUGGAGUCUACAUUCUGUUAAAAAUGGCAGACGCCCUGGACAGUGUUGCGUACUCGGACUUCAACCACAGGCGGAUUCACAGCAAUGCAGGCAAACUAUGUAGAGGAUUUAGAUUUAAAACAAAAAUAUCUUCGAUUCCCUCAAAAUACCAGACAGUGGUCACCUGCAACACAGAAAGGAAAGGGUUCACUUCUCAAACUAAAAGAUUCCUCUAUGAAACCAACCAGAAUGAAAAUCCAGGCCCGGGGUCUUAUGACUUUACCCACAGACCAGCUGAGAUCACCAGCACCUCUUUUUCAAGGAAAGGAACUUCCAGCUUUGCAUCCAAGGCUGCCAGACAACCUCAAAAUGCCAUCCAAAAAACUCCAGCAUCCAAUGCUUACAGAAUUAAGUCUUCGCUGAUGUCCCAGAAGAACAGUUAUGGCAAUUCCAGCAUGUUUAAGAAGCCAAUUGCAGUUAAUGUUGAGAAACUGAAGAAGAGCACUCCAGCACCCAACCAAUAUGAUGUAUCCAAAGGCAACGUUGGAAUGAAUAACAGUGUCGCAGCUCAAUCAGCCUUUUUAUCCGAAACCAAAAGAGAACACAUCCCUCGAAGAAACUUGAAAGUGCCCUCCCCAUGCCAUUACAACGUCAACUAUUCCCUCAUUGAAAUAUCGCCAAAAGUUGCAGUUUCUUGCUUCAAGUCAACCACAAUGAGAGGACGAGCUGCUGAUCAAGCACUAAAUCCAGGGCCUGGAGCCUACAAUCCGUAUGAGGUGCCAGAGCCGGUGAAAAAGAUCAUCUUUCCAAAAAGGCAUUAUCUGAGUAUUUCUGCGCCUCCCAUGCAAAUACCCAAGAUGCCUCCUCCUCCUGGACCAGGGCAGUAUGAAAUUGUAGAUUAUUUUGGACCUCCAAAGCAUUACAUGUCGAGUGCAGUGUUUGUGUCCAACACAAGCCGCUGGACAGGAGACACCCAUGGAAAGGGACUGCCUGGGCCAGGUUACUACGAGCCGGAGAAGCCAACAAAACAAUCUUUUCUGUACAACUUCUGUAACAAGUGGGUUCCACCUUGAGAAGAAUUCAGUGCAGUGGAGACGAUUGCAGCAAAAUAACUCACUGAAGAGCUGCUCUCUUACCAGAAGCCUUUCAAUUCCUCAUCAUGUACAUUAAACAAACAAACAAACACACAAGCUUAUAUGUUACUACUAUCCUUAGAGACCUGUAUCCUCUACAAUCCCCGGCAGCAAUGUUUUGUCACAAAUGGUCCCUAAUCAGUUUGCCUAUAUACUGUACUUCAUGAUUCAUGAUAUUUUAUGGCAGGUCCAAAACUACGUUAUUUGGAAGUGCAACCUGUUGCCACCAAGCAACUAGUUGUGGACUGUUUGCAAGCUUUAGUACAACUUGGGUUGAAAAGAGCAGGGCUCUAGUUUAGAGUGAUCAGCUCAAGCAAAUUGUAUGUGCCUAUUUUUUGAUUGACUGUUGAGCAUUGACUGUUAGGUAUUUUUUUAAUUAUUAUUAUUGAGCCGCUAUUUCUCAAUAAAUAACUACAGUUAUCAUAGAUUGUGUUAUUUGGAUAGCAGUGCCAUAGUUAAAAAUGAGUCUAAGGGUAAGUUGUACAACAUGCUAGGUGCAGAGCUAGCAUCAUACAGAGAAUACACUAACUGGGAGCUAUAGGAUAGUUGAGCUGAGUAACAUGUUAUAAUGUAUCUAGUAUAACCCUGUUUGAAUCAAUGAUAAAGCUUCCUUUCUCAAAUGAAGAUAGUUAAUAAAUAGAAUGUGUACAUAGAGUGGAAUAUAUCUUUUGAGUAAAGUUAAUAAAAUAAAUCUAUGAAUUAAGAAAGUUUUCCUGUUUGUGUUGAUUUGGAUUUAUUAUACAUCAUUUCUUUUUUGCAAGGAGGCUUGGUGGUCCAGUGGUUAAAUAAAGGGGGGCUUGUUACCAGGAGGUUCCAGGUUCAAUCCCAGCUCAGACACUGACUCACUGUGUGAUCCUGAGUAAGUCACUUAACCUCUUUAUGUUCCAUCCUUCUGAUGAGACAUAAAAAAACAAGGUCCUAUUGUAAGCAGUUGUGAUGCAUAGUUCACCCCCAAGUCUCUGUAAGUCGCUUUGGGUAAAAGAG